AUGUCCUCCUGGCGGCGAUUCUCCUCGCAUCCUGGUCUUCACGGACACGAAGCGCGGUGCCGACGCGCUCUGCCGGGAGCUGCGCGGCGAGCGCUUCCAGGCCGCGGCCAUCCACGGAGACAAGGAGCAGCGCCAGCGCGACGGCGCCCUCCACCAGUUCAGGACUGGCAAGGUGCACAUCCUGGUCGCCACAGACGUUGCCCAGCGGGGGCUGGACAUCAAGGAUAUCCGGUACGUGGUCAACUACGACUUGCCCAAGACUGUGGAGGAUUACGUUCACAGAAUAGGGCGUACUGGCCGCGCUGGCGCGGGGGGCACGGCGGUGACUUUCUUCGGCGCCGCGCUUUUGCUUUUCUAUGCACUUCUGACUCUCGUCAGGGGGCGUCCGGGACCCCCCCCGCGCGGGACCGCCCGAUCCGAAAUGUGGUGAGGCAGGGGCGGAGGAGCUUUCACUUCGCUCUGCACGCAGCUGAUGUAGGUUCCAUUUCCAUUCCAUCAACGUUUUGA